AUGUUACAUUUUUAUUUUAACAAAAAUCUAAUAUUUCUCAUUGAAUCCAAAUUUUUUCCUAUACUUAGCUACAAAUCGCAAGUUAAAAUAACACCUCACUAUUCAGUGAAAACAGUUGCGAACCUUUCUUACAGAAUAUAUGGAGAAGCUGCGAAAGAUGGUGACCAAUCUCCAAUACUGCUAUUGCACGGUCUUUUGGGAUGUAAAAAACAUUGGGAUAGUAUUGGCAAGACCAUGAUGAAUGUGACUAAAAGGUCGGUUUUGUCAGUCGAUUUAAGAAAUCAUGGAGACAGCCCACACAUAAAUUCCCAUAAGUACGAGGACUUGACCGCGGAUAUACUGAAGUUGUAUGAAAAGUUAAACAUAGAAAAAGCAUAUCUAGUAGGACACAGUAUGGGUGGAAGAGCUUCAAUGAGCGUUUCUUUAUUAGCUCCACCAAAAGUUGCUGGAUUACUAGUGAUAGAUAUAUCACCUACAUCAACUGCCAGAGAUUUCUCUGAAGGCUUUCCCACAAUCUUAGCCGCCAUGAAGAAAAUCAAUUUUAAAAAACAUAAAAGUAUUAAAGAAGCGAAGGAAGAUACAAGAAAGGAAUUGGAGAGCACGAUAAAUAACGAAUUACUGUUAAAAGCUGUCCUGUCAAAUGUAAAAAUGAAAUCCGAUCAUACCAUUGGUUGGGCAUGUAAUUUGGACAUAUUGAUACGUCACUUCAAGUACAUAUCUUCUUUUCCGAAGAGUUUGAGAAAAAAAACUUAUUAUGGCCCCACAUUAUUUAUAGGGGGUCAGUUAUCAGAUUAUCUUCCUCCAGACGACUUGCCGUCAAUAAGGGAGAUGUUUCCUCGUGCUGUUAUUACCUAUAUACCACAGACUGGUCACAACAUUCACGUCGAGGAUCCGAAGACAUUUCUCGAGCUUGUCAUAGCUUUCAUGAAGAGUCAAGAGUGA